AUGAGGCAUAGCUUUGCAACUGGCCAGUUUAUACUGCUCUAUUUGAUCAUCGUAUUAAUUUAUAAAUUCUUCGACUGCCAUGAAAUUUGCACAAACCCUAAAUUAGGGAAAUACGAAAAAGUAAUUUUAACAAACGAUGCAUAUACUUAUUCUCAUCACUAUGAUUAUUCCGAGACAAUUCUCUCUAAUCAGCCUCCUCCAAUUGUUCGCGGCAAGUUUGUAAGAUUGGAUGAUACUAAAGAUAUUGAUGCAACAUUCCCGUUUACGUUUUACGGUUCUCAAGUCACCAACUUCAGAAUAUACACUACUGGUAGAAUUGAAGUGUACGAUCAAGAGUACUUAGGAGAAAUUAAAGAUUAUGUGAGAAGCGGUUAUAAUACGGUAUCUGAAGUUUUGGAUGAGUAUUCCUGAGGUAGCUGGCGAAAUCGAACAGACAUCUGGAAUUUAUGGAUGGUUUGAUUGCGGAGAAGAAGGUAGCAAAUGUUAUUUACAUUUUGAUUAACACCGACCUACACAAGCAGUCAUGUGUUAGUCUAAUAUUAACUUCUUUAUGUACCCUUUGAUCACCACAUCAAUACAGAACUGUGCUGUAUUCUGUCCUAGUGAUCUAAUAUAUCUUUCUUACAGUCCACAUUAUUUAGUAGUUUCGUGUGAGAACAGAUUGGUUGAAGUGUCAUUAAAGUGUUGAUGAAAAACGUGUGAAAUAAAAUCUGAAUGCUUCUGGUAAACUCAUUGUCCAAACACUACUGUUUAUUGAAAAUUCAACGUGGAUGAUGUGUUUUCACAUCUUGAAGCGAAGUUUAAUAUCACAUUUGAUACUAAAUCAAGGUUUAAUCUAGUGCUGACAAAACCGCGUGUUUUGAUCAAGUCUUU